AGAAUGAGCCUCUUUAGCUCUAAAAAGAAUCGCUCUUUGUCGGUGCGAGUGAGCACCUUCGACUCGGAACUGGAAUUCAAACUAGAGCCGCGCGCCACUGGCCAGGAUCUGUUCGACCUGGUGUGUCGCACCAUCGGGCUGCGCGAAUCCUGGUACUUUGGCCUGCAGUACGUGGACACGCGCAGCAAUGUGUCCUGGCUAAAAAUGGAGAAACGGGUGCGGGAUCAGCGUGUUGAGCUGCAUGCCAGCAACAACGUGUACGUCUUCAGCUUCUAUGCAAAGUUCUUUCCCGAGAAUGUCAGCGAGGAGCUGAUCCAGGAGAUCACACAGCACCUGUUCUUUCUGCAGGUCAAGCAGAGCAUCCUGUCAAUGGACAUCUACUGCCGGCCAGAAGCGUCGGUGCUCUUGGCUUCGUACGCGGUGCACGUUCAGUACGGGCCGUAUGAUUACGAGACCUACAAGGAUGGCAUGCUGGCCGGGGGCGAACUCCUACCGAAGGGGGUGACCGACCAGUACCAGAUGACGCCCGAGAUGUGGGAGGAGCGCAUUAAGACCUGGUACAUGGACCACGAGCCCAUGACACGCGAUGAAGUUGAAAUGGAGUACCUGAAAAUCGCACAGGACCUGGACAUGUACGGAGUAAACUACUUUCCUAUUACAAAUAAGAACAAAACCAAAUUGUGGCUGGGCGUCACAUCAGUAGGCCUAAACAUCUACGACGAACGCGACAAGCUAACGCCAAAGACCACGUUCCAGUGGAACGAAAUACGGCAUGUCAGCUUCGACGACAAGAAGUUCACUAUUCGCCUUGUGGACGCGAAGGUCUCAAACUUCAUAUUUUACUCUCAGGACUUGCAUAUCAACAAGAUGAUUUUAGACCUUUGCAAGGGCAACCACGAUCUUUACAUGCGGCGACGCAAGCCAGACACAAUGGAAAUUCAGCAAAUGAAGGCCCAGGCGAAGGAGGAGAAGCAGCGCCGCCAGAUCGAGCGCAAGAAGUUCAUCAGGGAGAAGAAGCUGCGCGAGAAGGCCGAGCACGAGCGCUACGAGCUUGAGAAGAGCAUGGAGCACCUGCAGAACGAAAUGCGGAUGGCCAGCGAUGCGCUGCGCCGUUCGGAGGAAACCAAGGAGCUGUACUUUGAGAAGAGCCGCGUGAACGAGGAGCAAAUGCAGCUGACCGAGUGCAAGGCGAAGCAUUUUAAAACCGAAAUGGAUCGCCUGCGCGAGCGGCAGAUGAAGAUCGAGCGGGAAAAACACGAUCUGGAGAAGAAGAUCCGCGACGCGGACUUUUAUGUUCACCAGCUGACCGUGGAGAACGACAAGCGUGAGGCGGAGACGGAGAAGCUGCGCAAGGAGCUGAUCUGUGCCAAAAUGGCCGAGCGCGAGGCCACUGCUCGCCUGCUGAACUUCUUGAACAGCGGACGCAAGUCCUCCACGGACAGCCUGCUGACCGCCUCGAGUGUUUCGAACGCGGCCAACAAUUCGUCCAGCAUGGCGGCCAUUAGCACACCCUCGCUGACCACCAGCAGCUCGACCAAUGACAUGGAGACCGCCGGCGGUGCCGAGCUAACUGCCCAUUCGUCACACUAUCUGGCGCAGGGCGACAACUCCAGCGGCAUUUCCGAUGACUUCGAGCCGAAGGAGUUCAUUCUCACUGACAACGAGAUGGAGCAGAUCACCAACGAGAUGGAGCGCAACCAUCUCGAGUACCUGCGCAACUCCAAGAAGCAGGUGCAGAACCAACUGCAAACACUGCGCUCCGAGAUUGCGCCCCACAAGAUCGAGGAGAACCAAAGCAACCUGGAUAUUCUGAGCGAAAUGCAGAUCAAGGCGGGCGAGAACAAGUACUCCACGCUCAAGAAGCUCAAGUCGGGAUCCACAAUGGCGCGCGUCGCCUUCUUCGAGGAGCUCUGACCAACUCCCAUCGCGCUGGUUCGCCCGGUUUCUUGACCGGACCCCUUGAACACAUGACUAACUCCCUCACCUAGCUGUACGAUAUUUGGUGUGUGUGCCUGAGCGCGUGCUAGAGUGUGUGACUGUGCCUUAACCAUAGUUUGUACCAUACUACAUAUACAUAUACUUUACUAAAUGUGUUUCGAUUGUUUACUCAAGCCGCUGCUGUAAUAAACCAAGGCCAGCAUUACAAUUGCAUGUUGUGUGCGAGCUCAAAGAUA